CACAUAAAUGCAUACAAGACUCGGAUAUUGAUGUGAGAGGAAUGUAGCUGUAGUAGUAGAAAAGAAUCUUUGAUUAAGAUGGGAUCCGGUUACCAACAAACAAAUCCAUACCAAGAAAAGCAUAACCUGUAAGUUUUUAUUUUUAUUCAUAGCUUGGUAUCAGAAAUGAACGACAAGGAGAAGUUUAUUGCUGAGUGGAAGGUGAAGUUCCCCCAGGAAGAGCCUCCAGAUGCCUCCCUUAUUAGCUCUGUUAACUUUAUGAACAUUCGCAGCAAAAUAUCAGACAGCGAAUCACGAAUCAAAGACCUUAAACUUGCUUUGAAGAAGGAACAAUUUCUUUUAAAUUGGCUGAUUGAACUGGAGAUCGAAAUUUCUGUAUUAGGCAAUGUUGGUUUUGUCAGCGACAACUCAGUUACCCUAUCAGAUACAACGCCUAUCUGGAACGAGGGUGUUACAUCGCCUGACGAUCAGAAAAGUUUUGUGGAAGAAACACGUAAUAUCAACCCAGUUGAUCCCGUUGAAGAGGUUCUUGCAACGCACAAUGAGCCAGAGAUUGCCGAUACACACGAGAAAGAUGAACAACAACCGGCGAUUGCAGAAAAUGGGCCACAAGAGGAGAAAGAAAUUAGGCCUGUUAGUCCUAAGGAAACUGUCACAGUCAAUGAAGACAGCGAAAAGUUAAAUGAACAUCUCGAUGCUGAUGACUGUUCAAAUGCGAAUGAAGGUUCGUUUCAUGAAAACAGACAAUUAAACAUCCCUUUGAAAGCUCAAGAUCUCAAUUCGUAUUCAGAAGAAGCUGAUGACCAUGAAUAUGUCAAUGUUUUCGAUUUGUUAGGAGAGCAUACAACAGAAGUCGAAUCGCCCACACGUAAAGGUAAGGAUAAAGAUAAGAGGCGUGCUGGUGGAAGCUGGAGUUUGUACAUGGAUGAAAAAGAAUCAACAAAAAGAAAUGAUGUGGAAGUAAAGGAAGAAACUAUUUAUGAUGAAAUAAAACCAGUCAUUGAUGAUGAGAAUAAAACUAACAGUGAAGAUUUACCAAGUAUUAAAAGAAGUGGAGACUCGAGAUCUGCAAAUGUCUAUGAAGAAAUUGAAUUGCCAAUUGAAGACUCUGUUGAUAAUUUUGAAAAGAAAAGUUCUGCUAAUGAUGAUAAUGUGACAAUCAACCUGCUAUACGAGGCACCAACAAUUUCUUUAGCCAAGAAUCAGCCUGCAAAUGUUGAGUUAGAUGAAAAAGAGGAUGAUGAAGCCAUUUAUGUCAAUGUUAGAGACUUCAGUAUUUCUGGGAGGAUUGCCCCUGUUGCUAGAAUUGAAGCAAGUGACACUUCUGAUUAUGAUUCAGAUUCUGGCAGACAGGAGAAAGAUGACAGAACACAUAACUACAGGCAUAUGACUGUUGACGAAAUAAACAGCCUAAGGAAGUGGAGAAGUGAUGAAGAUUUAAGCCAAUUCUCUCAAGAUUUUGAUGAUAGGUCAUGUGAUUCAGAUGAUAGUCUAGGAACCGGAAGCCGUGGUCGGAGUAGCAGCCAGAGAAGUCAAGGCAACAAACUUCAGAAUGAUGAAGAAAGUGUAGAAGGAAACUUUGAAGCUGAUAGGAACAAAGGCCCAAAUGACGAUGAUGCUCAAGAUGAUGCAAGGUCAGAGUCGCCUGUUGACCAGGAAGAGGGGGAAGGAAGAUCAAAGAGUCUAAAGAUGAGGACAUAUCUUGUCAAGAAUUUAUUGGAAAGUGAAAAUUGCUAUUUUGACUGUAUUGACAUGAUAAAAAAGUACAUGAAGCCACUUCAAAAGUCAACAGAAACAUCGCAACCAAUUUUAACAAUGCUUGAUUUUAACAAGAUAUUUUUGGGAAUUGAGGACCUACAUAGUGUGCACUUGGACUUGCUGCAGCAGCUAGAACAAAAAAUAGACAACUGGGGCCCAAAUCAGACCAUUGGGGAUUUGCUCACUAUACUGAUGGAUGGCUUCAGUGUGUACAAAGCUUACAUAAAUAACUACAAGUCGUCGCAAGAAACAUUGCUGAAGUGUCGAAACGCCAAUUCAGUCUUUGAUGGCAUCGUGCAGAAGGAGAUAAAAAUCCAGUCUCUGAAAGACCCAAUAAAACUUGAUGCGUUGUUGUACAAACCAGUAGAUCGAAUGACGCAGUACUCAUUGAUCCUCAACGACCUGCUGAAGUAUACUCCAGAAGACCACCCGGAUCAUGCUCUUGUGUCUGAGGCCACUGCAAAUUUGUUUGAUCUUUUUGAGCAGGUUAAUGUCAACAGAAACGACAAGAAAGCACCUCAGAGACAGCUAUUGAAAGAAGGCAAUGUUGUAGAGCUAGAUGAUGGACAACGGAAGGCAAGAACAUUGUUUCUGAUGAGUGACGUCAUAAUUUGCGCCAAGCUUAAACCGUCCAAGGAUGCAUACGUGUGCAAAUGGUACAUCUCGUUAUCAGACAUACAGCUAAAGCCAUUCAAAGAGUCAGAAGGCUCGCAAACUGUGCCUGUGACGACAAAAGCCGAUUGUGACCGAUUACGGGCGACUAUUGCAAAUAUUAGGUCGGAAAUGAGAAGAGAUGUUAUGGUGUCCACUCCACAGUCAAGCUUCGAAGGAGGUUCCCCUUUUGCCAGGCCCAAAAUCAGGAAACGUGAUAGCACUGCAACAAUACCGGGUCCACGUGCAUCUACGAGAGCCAUCGAGAAACUGAAAAAGAAAUUGCAAGAACAGGAACGCCUGCUGCAACUGAUUGCCCCGAGUAUCCCUUUAAACAUUUAUCAUAGAUCGGGCAAGACGUACACAUUGCUGCUUGGAAGUGACAACGAUAGAAUGUUAUGGAAAGAAGCGAUUGCUCCAAGAAUUAAAAGAAUGCUAUCUCGUAAGCAAGGGACAAUUCAUCUUUCCAAUGUUGAGAUACAACAAGCACUGGAAACGUCUCUUCGAGUGCAAAGGCUUGGGAUGAGAUUUGGAGCAGCAAUAACUUCGCCAUUUUUUCCGAGCCUCCGGCAGGAUUCCGAAGAACCAGAUAACGAAGAUGGUUUAACUGGAUAUCUCUAUAUUCAUGUGCAAAAUGGGAAAAGCUUUUCGCGGACAGCCGAAAACUAUUGCAUUCUCGAUGUUGACAGUUACGGCCAUUUUUUCCGUAAAGGAAAGACCAAAGCAGCAAAGGGGGCUGAACCCCAAUGGGACGAGGAUUUUGAAUUUGAUGUCGAGGCGGCCUCGCUCCUUCGCAUAACUUGCUACAAUAACAGAGGACGUCUUCUUGGUGAUGAAAUCAGCGGCAAAGUUGUUAUUGAUUUGGGAAAAGAGAACCUUGCCGAUAACAGAUGUCAUACAUUCACUGUAAUUCUUGAUAAACAAGGAGCAAUCACGUUGACGAUUUCCUAUUCACAAUCGCGGCAAGGGAUCAAGAGAACGAGAACCAAUGCCAGCGAGUCCAAAGUGUUUAAGGUUCCUAUUUCGACUGUCACAAGGAGAGAGAAGUUUGACAUUCCAUUGAUUGUGAUUUCGUGUAUUAAAGAGAUAGAAAAGAGAGGCCUAGAUGAAAUAGGCAUCUACCGCUUAUCGGGAAUUGCCUCCGAAGUCAAAUCAUUAAAAACUGUUUUCGACGAAAAUCCUCAGAGUGCCGCGCUGAAUCUAGCAGAAGCCGACAUCAAUGCCGUUGCUGGGCUGGUGAAACUUUACCUGAGAGAGCUACCAGAGCCGUUGUUUACAAAUGCUCUUUACCCGAGAUUCGUUAGUGGAUUACAAAUAUCCGACAAAGAAGAAAAAGAGUUGUACAUGAUCGAUACAUUUCAGCAGCUUCCUAAGCCAAACAAACUAACAGCCCUGUACCUCUUUGAACACCUUAGAAGGGUCAGUCAAAAGGAAUCAACUAACAAAAUGGGUAUCAACAAUCUGUCGACCGUAUUCGGACCAACCGUGCUGCGCCCUUCAGUCCCGGAGGCAGACAAGAACCACGACAACUUGCGUUCCGGGAGUACCUUUGAUAUCGGUGCCCUUGACGUCAUGUCUCAAGUUAGUGUGUUCAGGUUUUUCCUUGGUCUUAAUUCCAAUAAAACACGAUUGCCAGAGGACGAUCUUGAGCUGUGGCAGCGUUUGGAUUAUCAAAAGGCUGCCGAAAUCCAAGAGAAACUCAUGGAAAAUGCCGUAGAGUACUUGAUUUAAUACUUUGGUAAUAUGUCCUUGUAUAAAACGUGUUAACCAGCUUAGGACGGCUGAUUUAGAUCAAAAUGAAAUUCCUUGAGAAAUCACAACGAUUUUUGGAAGGUACACGAAACUUCCGUAUUCAGCAAUGGGGUUCAUUUCGAAUAACAUUCCUUUGAGCAUUUGGUGCCUGCUGGUUGUGAAGAGAUUGGUAUUUGUUGUAAAGACAACUUACAAAAGCAUCUGAGAUUUGAAAUCAGGACGUCGGUGGUCCUUUUCUAUAGCUGAUUGGCUACGUGAGGCCAUAUUUCCUCAAGUACUAAGAUCUGAAUGGGGCACUGGGAUUUGCAAGAUGCAGCUACGAUUGAGUGACGUCACACUUCCAUGCAUGAUAUGCAGUUUUCUGCCGGGAAUGGUAUUCACGCUAUGUAAACUCUCUAAAAAAUUUUCCUUUAAUUCAGAUGUGUACCAAAUUAAAAAAGUAAAGCAAAUCUUAAAUGGCAGAUCACGACGAGGCCCGCAGAUGAUAUUGUACCUACUUCAAUUUCUAUCAAUGAAUUGAAAUAGCGAGUUUGAUUUGGCAGCAUUUUGAUUGUAACAACACAACCAGCACAUGGACUGCUAAUCUGCAGAGAUGAAGUUUUCUUGUUAUGCAUCAAAUUGAUUUUCCAAACAUGUGGCAAGAGCGAGCAUAAUACAUAGCUCCUACUGAACCGGAUACACUCCUCUUUAUCCACAUAUUUCAUUAUCCUUAAACUUUAUUAUUGUCAAUAUGGAGCUGGAUAUGAUCGUCAGGGUGCGUUUGCUUGAAUAUACCAGUAGCAAUUUCCCCUGAAAUCCCUCUAAUUGUAAACCUUGGUUUUUCGUGUUGCCUUACGAGUAGCAAGACCUAAUAUAGCCGCAGCGAUUGGCAAUUAAAGACCCUCCUGACAACUUAUAGGCUCUAUGAUUGUUUGAAGUUGUUGAUAUGUAUGGGCGAUGCAUUUAAAUAGUAAUUCAUUUUCAGAUUUUUGUAAAUAAAUAAUAAGUAUACAGUUACUUUUCCAACAACGAUCCGUAUUAUCAAGAACAUUGUUAAUUUUAGCUGGGAGCAGUUGAGAGAGGAGCUACAGCUUUUCGCCCGGAUUGAAAAUUUCUGACGUAUUAUUUUCGUUAUAAAGUUACUAGUUUGGCGAAUUAUGUUCAAUUAUGUUUAAUUUUUAACUAUUUAGUGAAUACGAAUCUACUGUUGGUAAAUAUCAGCAACAACCGCAGGAAACAUUUCCAUUCAUUGAGAUUGCAAGUUUUUUGAAAAUACCUGUUUCAAGACAUUGUCACAAGCAUAAAGGUUUUAAUGAAUUAUUAUCAUAAAGAUAUUCAUAAUCCUUAGAGGAUCAAUAAUGAAAUUAUUUCGCCAUCAACUGAUCCGAAGUCAUUCAUCUAACCAAUUAUGUGUAUAUUGUUGUGCGCUAAUUCUAUCAUUUCUCUUUUGUGGCACACCAUUUUACAAAGAUACUAUAUCCCAAAUUAAAGAUUAUGCUGCUACUGAAUUGAAAAUUGCUAGAGGUAACCUGGUAAGUUCAUCAACGAUCAAAUUUUAUGUGGCAACUACUUUGGUUCCAUAUUGUCUCAUUAUGGAAAGUAGCAAUGGUUGAACCGUUAAUUAAUUAUUGAUGAGAUAAGUGACGUUUGUUGGCUGUUCUGCCUUUUGCGUGGGCUCGGAUUUCUAUUGCUCGUCUCAGCACGGGAUGCCUCAGUAAUCGGACUUGCCCUGCGGCUAAGCUUUAAAGAGUAACGACCGUAUGUAAAGCAUAUUUUCUUCGUAAUACUAUAGCAAACUAAUAUGGAUACUAUUAGUUCUGAAUAAAUACUUAAUUAUUUAUUAGAUAGAAGGAGACGUAUCUCGAAAGAUCUCGCCAGUAGAUAAAUAGAGAGCAUUUUCAGGGUCCUGGAUUUUUUUAAACCGAAUUGUUACUAUAGUUGAAAUGAACGGAGAAGGCUUUACUUCCAGAAACCCGAAAUUUCGGAGAGUUCUGUCAUCCAAUUGUUUUUGUUGUUGAAGAAAUUGACCCAGAAAGGUUUGCCUUUAAAAAAGAGGACAAAUUUGAAAUCUCCACCAACAGCUGCUAAAAUUUUUUGCUAUAAGAACAACUGAAACGUGCUCUCUGUUUUGCAGAUGGUGUUCUCAGUAAGUUUCAAUUUAAGAAAUAGUAUUUUUCUAUCAAACGCAUUUCACAAUUCA